AUGACCAGCUCCAAGGAAAAUCCAGAUUCUGACCUCUACGGAGACCUGUACGAUGACGAGUUUACUGUCCCACUGGAUGAUGAGGCCUCCCCUACCACAGAGGCUCCUCCGCAAGCAGACAAGAAUCCUGAGCCUGUGAAAAUGGAGAUUUCAGCAACGACCAUGUCGGCAUCAUCUCUACCUGCAAAACCUCAGUCUUCAAAAAACGACCCUUUGUCAUAUUCGGCGCAGGUUGCAAAGCAGUUCUCUGCGUACCAACAGACACCGAGCCAGGAGCGUAUCCAGAAACCACCUUUGCCCCUCCCACCAAACCCGAGUGCACAAGGUGGGCCUUCGGCAAUAGCAACGCACGAAGGACCGACCGACAGUCAUGCGGACAGGCCUAUCCGACCUUCAGAAAUGAAAGACGAAGGCAAAAUGUUUAUUGGCGGCCUUAACUGGGACACUACAGAUGAGGGUCUGAGGACGUAUUUUUCCCAGUUUGGCAAGGUGGAUGCUUGUACCAUUAUGCGUGACCCGGAUGGCCGUUCAAGGGGCUUCGCUUUCUUGACCUUCGAAGAACCGGAAAGCGUGAAUGCUGUCACCGGAAGGGAGCAUAAUUUGGACGGGAAAGCUAUUGACCCGAAACGCGCGAUUCCCAGAGAAGAGCACCUCAGAAACACGCGGUACUUUGUUGGUGGUCUCGCUCCCACCACCAAUGCAGACACAAUGCGCGAGUUUUUCUCGCGGUUUGGCAAAGUCGUCGAUGCGACAGUCAUGGUCGAUCGCGAGUCGGGCCGUUCCAAAGGCUUUGGCUUUGUAACUUUUGAGGAUUCAAAUAAUUCUGAUGAGUUUGUGGGAAAACUCGGGUUGAUGUUGGAUGAUAAGCAGAUUGAAGUGAAAGCUGCUCAACCUCGAAGCCAGCGCGAUCAGGCGCGAAACAUGCAACAGGGUAGCCGCGAGCCCUAUUUCAACGACUCCGAAUCACGCACGCCCAACACGUCCGCGAUGGCUUUCCCACAACAGCCCAACUCCGCAGCCACCAACAUGCUUUAUCAGCGUGUGAUGAGUCAAAUGCCCAUGAUGGGAGCAGCGAACAUGGGUAUGAUGAACCCCAUGAUGAUGGGCAUGGGCAUGGGUGGCAUGGGAGGUAUGAAUGGUAUGGGCGGUAUGGGCGGUGUAGGUGGUAUGGGCGGUAUGGGUGGUAUGGGCGGCAUGGGGAUGAACAUGAUGGCGGGUAUAAGUCCAAUGGGUGGUAUGGGUAUGAACGCCAUGCGGAUGGGAAUGCCAGGGAUGGGGAUGAUGAACACUACGGGCGCAGGUGUAGGAAUGGGGAUGAACAACAUGGGGAUGCGCAUGCGGCAGGGCAUGACUGGCGCUGUUACCCCGAACGCGAAUGCAGGACGCAUGCCAAUGAACCAGGGACUGGGUCCAUCGAGAAUGUCGAGUCGUGGACAGCAUUCAUUCCAUCCAUAUGCACGAUAGUUUUUAUUUGCUUUGCAUCUGCUGAUCUGUACCAUAUAUCACCACUAGUUAUUUAAACAUGCAUCAUGAUGAUCAGUGCAUGAUAAUGUUGUGUCUACUACGUACUACAGAAAAUACCAUACAAGAGCAUCAGAAUAUGCAGUGACCCGUCAUAUCCUCUCCUGGAUAUAUGCAGAAUUGUCCGCGUCAUAGGUCGACCCUGAUUCUAAUAUACUCACAC